AAGCGCAGUGGCAAUCUGACGAUAUUUAUAGACGGUUGCUUUUUCAAUAGAAUAAAGUAUUGUGUUUGAUGCUGUUUUUUUACAUGAUUUAUUUAUUAGAAUUGGAGAAAAUAUACAUUAGAUUAUGUUUGUAUUAAUUAUUUCUAACGACAAACUUUCAUUGUCGUUAAUAAUUAGCAUUGUUUAUCAAAAGGGAAUGUAAAUAGUCACUAUGAUAGUUAUAAAUAUACUUAUAUUAGAUGUAUUUUUUACAUCGUACAGUGUAUUUGCGAAGGAAUUCGACAGCGAUGAUGACAUGUACAUGUUCGUAUCACCUGACCAACACCUACGGACGCCGCGACUUGAAGACUUCUUCUGGACGGGCUCCGGCGAUGGGCCUCCACCUCCCGACAGCGCAGUACCGGCACCUUCGCCCUCCACACCUAUCGUACGCACCACUACUGUGCUGGCUACUGUAUACUUGGAUUCCUAUCCACCACAGGCGGUGACAGAUAAAACGACCGGUGACUGCAUAUUGAACUGCGGAGAAAUAAGCGUGCCUGACAGCUUGGAGCCCGAAAUACCCGAAGACCGUCGCUACUGGCUGCUGACAGUCAUACAAGGUUCUACUCCAGACAGUCUACAACUCAGACUAGCAAGAUUGUAUCAGAAAGCGUUCUUAAGGCAGCAAGAAAGACAUCUCGGAAUUAUAAAAUCCCUUGAUGCUCCUACACCGAGAAAGAAACACGAUGUUCAUUCUUUUGUUGUUAAUAAAGAAAUUAAUUUGAAUCUAUCUGCCAAUAGUUCUGAACCAGUAAAAUAUUUAGAUGUUCAUAGUUCUGUGAUCAACAUCAAUGAUUUUGUAUUGAACACGAUCACAACUAUAACUGAACGUACAUCUUCUAAUACUUCGAAUACUUUUAGUCGUGUAAAUCCAGAAAAUUUAGAAGCAAUCAACAAAUCAUUAGUACCUGAAAAAGUAAUUAAGCCUACAAAGUUGAGUGAAUCAGAAUUAUGGGUACUGGUAACACCUACAGUAAUUUUAAAAAAGAGAGAAAUAUCAAAAGCUGAAACACAGAAUGUUCCAGAUCUUAUCGAUAUACCUUUAGAAGAGGAAAACAAUGAAACAACGUUAUUUAAAAGAGAGAUACUAAAACCUGAGCAACAACCACCAGUUCGUGUUCAUAUACAAAAUAUAACUGAGUCAUCAGAGACGGGUAGCGUGCAGAUAGUAUAUGUGGUGCUGGUGGGCGGACGUGCGGUUCCUGCCGCGGUAGCCGCGCGCGACAUGCGCCUUGUCAGAGAUGCAGAGGUGGCCAGCGAGCUUGGUGCCGCUGUCACUACUAAAGCGGAGCCAGCGUACCUGAAGGCGGCGGAGGGGCUGGAGGGUGCGGAGGAAGGAGUGCACGGCGUGGAGUUGUGGGCGAUGGCAGUCGGCGCCAGUGUCGCGGUGCUCAUCCUAUUGGUGCUGCUCGUUCUGCUGUGUUUUGCUCACAGACGUAAGACAAAGAAAUCAGCAGCAUCAUUUCGAGCAUACCGCAACGAGCUGAUGAGGGAAGUAGAACGCAGUCAGAUGAAGCAAGUGCAUGAAGAACGGGAUGGGAAGCUUAUAAGCGUGGUAUCUCCGAGUAGAACAAGACCUAGCAGCACGUUACUGCCGGUCUACAGAGCGGGUAGUGCUUCGGGUUCAUCCACUACGUCAUCCGGUGUGUCAGAAGUGGCAGCCGCUCUCCGUCGCAGACAGAAGAAACCGCACGCGCUCAAAAUGCCGCAUAAAAAGAGAGUGGGGACUACGGACAGCCUGUUGGUGUCAGCUGGUCUGGACAGCUCGGACAGCGCGCCCCCCACAGCGCCGCACACCCCCACCUCAUAUCUCUCAAUGCCUUCUAUCGCUGCAUUUCCCAGAGGUAACACAGUGGAGCCUCUAUCUCGUAUCCUGGAGCCGGUGUCAGUCCGUCACUUGGACAUGGACAGUCCACCGCCCAAACCCUCGAGUCAGCCACGCCGUCAGAUGACCUCGCAGCUUGUACGCCUCGGCAGCAUUGAUAAGGACCCUGGGGUCAUUGGACCUCUGGUCUGGGACCUGCACUGUCAGAGGGUCAAGAGUGCAUCAAAAUCAAAGAGUCCAGUAAGACAAGUCUCUCAAGAUGUCGCGGGUGGUCCGUCGCGCAUGCGGCAGCGCUUCAAUGAGCUGGUGGACGACGCGUUCACAUUGUUCGGCAGCGCGUCCAGCGCCUCUCACGACACAUACACACUGGAUAGAGAUGAUAGAAGAGAGGACACUGAGUUGGGCGUGACACAAGCUCGCAAUGACAAUGUACGACUUGCCACAGCAGACACCACACGGGGCCGUUCAGCUGGCACAGGACGGGGACGUGCAGGACCCAGUGGGGGCGAAACGCCGCGGCCGCGCACCUCAUUCACGCGUGUGGGGGAGCCCCGCGCGCCGCCUUCACGCGCCUGGGGGCACACGCCCCCGCAGUCGUUAACAUCUCGCGUACCAACGGUCAACCCGAACAUCAUCCUAGCGGAAGGUCGUUUGCCAGCCGACGAUCCAGCGCUGCCACUUAUAUCUGCCAUCAAAGAUGAAAUAAAACGCGUCCGGGACAACACUAGUAACAAAACUUAGGCUUAGUUUAUCCAACAAACAACUCCUAUUGUCAAAAAUUAAUGUAAAAUCAUCAAAAAUAUGUUUUUGUAUUGUAUGAGUAUUGCGGCAAUGGAAACUUGAUAAAAUAACUAGAUACCUUGUGCUAUCAGUUUUUUUUAGUAGUAAUUAAGAUGUAGAAUCUAUUGAUUAAUUGCCAAAGAUUAUUGUAAUAAUCAGAUUUUACACAACUCAUUUUCACAAAGAAUCACUUCGAUGUAAAAUUA